GUUUCGAUACAUACAGAGAAGCCUUCACAUUAAUCAGAAAAGUCUUGAUCUCGGUUGUAUACUUCUACGGAGUGUACAAUUAAGGUGGUCACAGGACGAGGUAAACCCUAACAUGACAACUAGCUACUCCAGUCUCUCCUAGUCUUAAAAUCGCAAUACCCCCAAACCAACUACAACUGGCAGUCGAGAAAGUCAAUUGGCUCCAUUGCUUCAUUAUCAACUAGACAGGCUGAGCAGUCCUAUUUCCAAACUAACCGACAUGCUCAGGCGUCCAGUAACGGUGAGUCGGCGACUAGGAGUACAUUGUCAGAACGGCGAGAUUUUCCGAACACGCCAAAUAUGCUGGAUCCCUAUCCUUGUCGGCAAAAACUGGUCAAUCGCCUUGAGAGUAUUGAAUGUUGGUCCACAACUCUUGUGAAGGCCUCCGACGUGCAUCCAAUGGCCGCUUGCAAAUAACCGCUGCCAUUAUUCCCCAGUGUGCGAUGGCACACCCAUCAUUUCGGCGACACGUAUACAUGCGUCAAGGAUUAAUCAUCACCAAGCAAUCUUUAACAAUCCUUGUUAUUCCCAUUGCCACCAACCACUAGCUCCAUUCACAAGCCAACCCCUACGGAUCACAUGACCAUUCAUGUCUGCGAGAUCAUGAGAGCUAACAAAUCUAAUAUCUAAUAUAGUUUGCUCGCAAUAUCAAGCCGGUUUUAGAUUCAUUGUGCUCAAAUAGCCCUAGUAGCUAGCUCCAUAACCUAGCAACCAACAUAACGGAGCUGCAGAUAGAUCUCCUAUAGGUAGCAGCAAUAUUGAGAUCGACAUUGAUACAAACCCCCAACGAUAUACCCUAGUAAUGCUGCCUCGCAUGCAAGAUACCAUGUAGCGCACACUCCGAAUCAUCAGUCAGUCAUACAUGCAGAAACGCAAGGCACUCUUGCGUGCCUCAUGCAUACGGCUUUAUCCACAUAAUACCGAAAGCCUUACAAUACUGUAUAUAAAUGUAAUUACAUGCACGUUGUGCGUAUCGAUUUUCAUGGUUAUGACUCGUACGUAUCAAUUGAUGCUCCGAUCAAAAUACGUCACAUUUUUGCGUAUUCUUUGUCGCCGUGAAAGGAAUCAAUCGGUCGAGUCAUAUCCUUUGUCUGUUGAUAUUUGCUGUUGCAAGGAUUUUGAAUGUAAAAUUUCUUUGUUUCUAGCACGACUACAUGUAAGCGAGAAAUUUGGCUUGGACGACCGUUAUUCUGCUAGAUACGCGCUACCAAGGACCCUGUUGGAAACGAUAAGCACCAGUCGAUACUAUUUGGGCAAACCCGAAACAGUACAAAGAAAAAGAAAGACACUCCAAAAGGAGCAGGUGACGAAUAUCCCUGCCUGUUACUGGCAAUGAUCGAAAGCGAAGCGGCGUCUUAUUGGGCGCCGUCUGCAAUUUAUCUCUCUCUUAUGCACCAGGUUGGGCGUGCAACCAGAGUAGGCAAUGGCAGUGGCAUGAGCUGCAUGAUGCAUCACUU